AUGGCCCAAGCCAAGAAGGGCGGCGGCGGCGUGCCGGCGUUGGGGUGGUGGCUGAUGACUGUCGGCACCGUCCGCCUCCCCUUCGCCUGGCCCUGCUUCUUCGGCUCCGCGUCGCUCUGUUCCGCCACCUACUCCCAGGCACAGGCGGUGAGCGACGUCCAUGGGCGCACGGUCGGGGUGUGGACGCUGCUGUCGUGCACGCUCUGCUUCCUCUGCGCCUUCAACCUCGGCAGCAGGCCCAUCUACGCGGCCACCUUCCUGUCCUUGGUCUACGCCUACGGCCAUUUCGUCGUCGAGUCCCUGGUCUACCACACCGUCCGUGCAGCGAAUCUCGCCGGCCUCGGCUUCUUCGCAGUGACAGCAAUGGUGUGGAUGCUGCUUCAGUGGAAUUCCCAUGCCCCCCGUGCCGCCAAUAAGCAGCCAUGAUCAUGUGCUAGCUCUUAAUCUUGUUUUGCCUCACAAACAAGAAAAUAUGGACACCUUCUGAGUCCUCUGCCGACGAAUAAUCGAGUAAUGAUCCAAGAGAAUUACUGGUAGACAGAGGAGGACAGUUUGCCAGUUUGGUUUCACUAUGGUUAAAAUGCAUUAUGGAUGCAUGAUGCUAUCUGAAAAUCAGAAAUUCUUUAAUAGUUUAUUAAUGUUUCUAUUCUGGUAGCUCAUGUUUAAGGUACUUCAGACCAUUGCAUCUGUCCAUCCAUCUGAGAUUAAAUUAGGCGACAUUUUACCUUCUGAUUAUAUUAAGUAAAUCUGUAUUUUUUUUGCUUGGAAA